AUGCCCCCAACCGAGCCCCCAACUACACCCCCAGAACCCAUCCCCCCCACCAUGAAAACCUACACCUUCGCCCACCCCGGCCCCCCCAGCACCACCCUAUCAACAGAAACCUCCCUCCUCAUCCGCACCUCCCACAUCGCCCUCCACCCCGGCGCAACCCACAUGAUGCAACUCCUCCCCGCAUGGACACGGCACUUCCCCGCCGUCCCCGAAACAGACUUCUCAGGAACGGUGGUAUCCACGGGCGCACGCGUACCGCUCGUCCCGCCACCACCCCCGAAUGCGCAUCGCUUCUUCCCGCCCGGCACGGCGGUCUUCGGCUCGAUUUCCGUGGCCCAGCACCUCAAGAACGGCGCCGGCGCGUUGGGCGAGUACCUGGUCGUCGAGAUGGGGGAUGUGGCCCGUAAGCCGGAGGGUGUUUCGUUGGCGGCUGCGGCCGGGUUGGGGGUUUCGGGGGUGACGGCGUUGGCUUUGGUGGAUGUGGUGGAGGGGGUUGUCGGGGGUUUAAAGGGUGGGGAGAGGGUGUUGGUUAAUGGGGCGUGUGGUGGGGUGGGGCAUUUUGUUGCGCAGAUGUUGGCUUCGAGGCCUGAGGUG